CUCUUCCUUUUCACAAUGGCGGUGCCCGAGAGCGAGAUGAUGGACACUCUUCCGCUUCAUCUUUUCCAGAACUCGCCUAACAACAAGGUUUGUUUUGAUUGUCCGUCGGAAAAGGUGGUGAGCAUUGUGAUGGACUACGGCGUGUUUGUCUGCAAGCGGUGCGGUGCCCUGCACGCCAAGAUGGGCCGCAAGACCAAGUCGGUCAUGGCCCUGUUUACUCCCGACGAGAUCCACUUCCUGGAGGGGCGAGGCAACACCGUCGGCCUGGCAUUCAUUCUUGCUCGGUGGCCCGAGGGCCAGGAUCCGAUCCCGCACUCGGACACCAAGGAGGUGGCCACGUUCAUGCAUGCAAAGUACACCCAGAAGCAGUACUGGAACGAUGCUGCGCUGGCGCCGGCCGAGGAGGCGCAGCGUGCCGAGUACGCCGCGUUCAAGGCCGCCAAGCUGGAGGAGGACGUCCGGCGGGCCGACCAGCUUGCGCAGCAGGCGCGCCGCCGCAAGAUCUCUGCCGAGGGCACCUCGUCCGGCGGUGCGUAUGGCGUGGUGAAGAAGAACGCGGUGUCUCGGACCCGCGACUUUGGGCGGGUCUCGCGCGCCCGUGCCACCUCGAUGUCGCAGGUCGCCGAGACCGUCAUUGGCGCAGCCGAGGCCGGCAAAGUUGACCAGGUCCGCCAACUCAUCGAUCGCGGUGCCGACAUCAACCAGCCGACCAAGUCAGGAACAACCGCCCUCCAUCGCGCCGCCGCCAAGGGUCACAUUGCCGUCGUCGAGCUCCUGCUCGACCGCGGUGCCUUUAUGGAGGCUGCUGACCGCUGGGGCGACCGUCCGCUGCACAAGGCCGCGCACAACCUCCACCGCGACGUCAUCGAAUUGCUCCUCACCAAGGGCGCACUCUAUCUCGUCACAAACGCCGACGGCCUCCGUCCGGACCAGAUGGCCACAGAUCCCGAAGUCAAGGCCCUGUUCCAGGCCGCCGCCGACAAGGCCGGCGUCCCGCUGGCCUCGGAGUCUGUCCCGCCGCUUGCGAUGGCCCAAUCGCGGCUCGGCCCGGCGGCUCGUCGCGGCCGCGCCCGGGCCGCAACCAUUUCGGGAACCCAGCUCCCGCCGCGCUCGUCGUCGCUCCGCUCGUCGUCGCUGCAUGCCGCGGAUGCAAAUGCCGCCAACCCAUACUCGGGCUUUGAGGCCGUUGUACUCUUCGAUUUUGCGCCGCAGUAUGAGGCUGAGCUCGGCGUUUCGGCCGGCGACGUCAUUGUCGUCGAGGACGAGCACCCGUCGACCGGCAAGGGUUGGUGGCUCGCCCGCAAGGGCCACGUUACUGGACUCGUUCCGGCCGCCUACUGCGAGAUCAAGAACAAGAAGGGCCCGCACUUUGUGCGCUCACUUAUUACGCCGGACACUCAGGUCGCCGGCCGCCCACCGGCACCGAUGCCCACCGAUGCCUCUGCACCCGAUCUCCCACAGAGGCCGGCCAACUCGGUCCCGCUGGUCUCGCUCACCUCGCCGGCAGGCCAGACCACCGCCGCGCCGACAACAACCGCCCCACCCCGUGCGAUCGGCCGACUCCGCUCAAACUCGGGCGGCAAGCGCGAUCGUCCCCAGUCGAUGUCGAUGGCCGACUUUAACUGGGAUGCCCUUGACGCCGCUACCGGCCCAGCGCCGGCCGCCGCCCUUAACGCCGCCUUUGGCGCUCCGGCCGCCAACGAUCCGUUUGCUGCCGCCUUUGGCGCUCCGGCCCAGCCGGACGCCCAGCACCCGCAGCCGGCCGUCACGCCCUCACUCCCGCCGUCGCUCAUUUGAUGCUGGGAUCCAUAAAGUGCUACCUGCUGUGACACA